UCCGCCUUUCUCAGCCGGCCGUUAAGCUGAACUUUCCCUCUGGUAUCUUAGCGACCAAACCCACCCAGCCGGCCGGCUCGCUCCGCUUCGCACAUGCGCAAAAUGCGGGCGGAGAAGGGGGCUUCUUGGUCCGGUGGGUUAGACGUCCCAGUGCCAGGUGAGAAGCUGGGAUCUGAAGCCUCGCGUGAAGAUGGAGAGAAGAGUGAGCUGCAGCAAGGUGAGUGUGGAGUAGACAGAGAGUUGGAUUUCAUCAAGAUUGAUGGCUUUGCAAGAUGAUGAUUCAUGGUGAUGGCUUGCAGGGUCAUAAAUAAAAGAAGGCACAUGGGACUUCAACAUCUUUCAUCAUUUGCGGGAACAGGAAGAACUUUCCUAGGUCCAUUAAAAUUACCUAAAUUUAUUAUAGAUGCAGAGUGUCAAGAAAGUGUGUUAAUCAGUUCAACAGUAAGGCUUCUCGAAAGUUUGGAUUUAACCAGUGCAGUGGGACAACUUCUCAACGAAGCAGUUCAAGCACAAAAUAACACAUACAAAACUGGAACCAGUACUCUUUUGUUUCUCAUCGGUGCCUGGAGCAGUGCUGCUGAAGAAUGUCUCCAUUUAGGUGUCCCCAUUUCAUUAAUAGUGUCUGCAAUGUCAGAGGGCUUGAACUCUUGCAUUGAAGAGGUAGUUUCCCUUCAAGUACCUGUCUACAAUGUAUUUGACCAGAUAGACAACACUAAGACAUUUUCUGGACUUGAAACAUCUAGUGUCAGUUUGUGCCCUUUUCUACAAAUCCCUUCAGAUACUGGUUUACAGAAAGAGCAUGAUCUCAAAGAUGUUGCCUCUCCAUCACUGACCUUUUACAAUCUUUCUGGGAUACCUGUUAGAUCACCUAAACUCUUUAGAUCUCAGGCUGAAGUUGAAGCAGACAAAAAUACACUACAAAAUCCUCAAAGUCUGCAAAACAGUCUGCUCACAGGCAGCCGUUAUGGAAAGUCAAUACUAAUCCAUAGUAGGCAUUUUAAUAGGACAGAUAAUAAUCAGUGGAUAAACAAACCAGAUGGAUUUCUAGAACAACGUGGUGGAGCUACUCCCAAUACUUACAGAUGUAGUGAUUUGGUAGAGUUGGAGAUGGGUUUGAGUCAUGGAGAUCACCAUAGCAUGAAAUUAGUAGAUGAAGCAGUACGGCUGCAGUAUCAGAACGCAAGUAUGCAGCAAGGCAGCUGUAUGAUGCCAUUUAGGUUUGACAUUUCCAGAAUCUCCACUUGUUGUUUACCAGGUAUACCUGAAAGUUUUUCCUGUGUCUGUCCAGGAUUUGUCACUGUUAUAUCAAUAUCUAAUACUACUCUGAUCAAGGAAUUACAGAAUCAGCCUAUCCGGAUUCUUCUCAUUGAGGGUGACCUCACAGAGAAAUAUCGGCACCUGGGGUUUAAUAAGGCUACAAAUAUUAACACAGUACUGGAAAGCAUGAGGGUUCAACAAGACACCACAGAAGAACUGUGGACAAAUUAUGUCUUACAGGUAUUAAUUAAGUUCAAUGUGAACCUCGUCCUGGUACAAGGAAAUGUGUCUGAACACUUAACUGAAAAGUGCAUACACAGUAAGCGGUUGGUACUUGGGUCAGUGAAUAGCAGUGUGAUGCAGGCUUUUGCAGAAGCUUCGGGAGCAGUACAGGUGACCUACAUCACACAAGUGAAUGAAAACUGUGUGGGCAGUGGGGUCUCUGUGACCUUCUGGAGAAGUAUUCCUUCAGAUGUCAUAGAUAGGAUCAACGUAAUCACAAUCGUGAUAAAAACGGAAGGAAUUAAUCUGGUUACAGUAGUGCUCACUAGCCCAGUCACUGCACAGAUGCAAACCAAAGAAGAUAGAUUCUGGACUUGUGCCUAUCGUCUGUAUUAUGCUCUGGAAGAGCAAAAGGUCUUCCUUGGAGGUGGUGCAGUUGAAUUUUUGUGUCUUAGCCACCUUCAGAUUCUUGCAGAGCAAUCACUGAGUAAAAGAAACUACGUCUGUUCAGGAUGGCUUCCUAAUACUUCCUCUUGGCUGGCCUCCUCUCUGGCACUAUACAGAUCAACUGUGCUUAAAUGCCUGGCAAAUGGGUGGCACAAAUACCUUUCAACUCUCAUAUAUAACACAGCCAGUUGCUCAUCAGAAUUUGAAGCCAGCACCUUCAUUCAACAGCGUCUACAAAAUGCUACAGACUCUGGUUCUCCUUCAUCUUACAUCUUGAAUGAAUAUAGCAAACUAAAUAGUGGAAUUUUUAAUUCAGGCAUUUCAAAUAAACUGGAACAGAUUCCAAGCAUUUAUGACGUCGUUAUUCCAAAGACUGAGGCAUGGCGCCGAGCUUUGGAUUUAGUACUAUUAGUACUUCAAACAGACAGUGAAAUUAUUACUGGACUUGGACACAGACAGUUAAAUUCACAGGAAACAGAGGGCUUUUUAUUUUUGUAGUGUUAUUGGCUAAGUCUUUGGAAAGUAAGAUUUUGUAAUGUAUCAUGCUAAUAAAUUUCCUAAUAAUAAAUCAA